GACAAUUACCUUUUUCUCUCUUUCUCUUCCGAUCUUCCUUCUCCCGCGGAAGCGGCAGAAGAGUUCUGCUCCCCAAGCAGCAGGGUACGCUGAGCUGGCACAGGAGUGAGGGAUGAACUGAGCAGGGUUUCGGUCUCCUCCUCCCGCCGCUGCGGUGUCCGCCGGCGGAGCAGUGCAUUGUGGAGUCGGCGCGCGCGGCGGCGGCUGGAGCUGCGGCCCUGGGAUCGCAGGGCGGGGAGCUGUCCGACGUGCUGACCAUCCCGACCCGCGGAGGGGGCGCCCAGCACCUUCCUUCCAACCUGCGUCUGCCCGUCUCUCUCUCUCUCUCUCUCUCUCUCUGCCUAGGGGCGUAGCGGCUGGAGGAAAUCAUGGUGUUCGCUCCAGGUGAGAAACCUGGAAAUGAGCCUGAAGAGGGAAAGCUGCAGAGUGCCAGCAAACAGAUUGUGCAGAAUGCCAUCCUGCAAGCUGUGCGGCAGGUCUCCCAGGAGAGGCGGCAGAGGGAAGAGGCAACUGCGGACAAGCGGGGCAGCUUCCAGCUGGGCGUGGGGGAACUAACCAAGAAACAUGAAAAGAAGUAACACAGUGCAUUUGGCUCCUGCCAUAUGCUUGGUUUCUGGCCUUCCUCUUAGUAUAGGAUGUGUUGCCAAAAUGUUGCCAGUAGAGUGAAACCAAAGUGUCAUCGGCACCUAGCAGUAGAAUGAACUUGCGCUAGCCCUUGGCUGAGAAGCACUGUUUUCAAAGAGUGCAUUAGAAGAUUCUGUUUGUUUUAAUGCGUGCCUCUGCAACAUAGUGAAGCCAAACACGACGUUGUAAUUGCAAAAGUAAUUUUGCAGCACAAUUCACUUUUAAAGUUCUUUAUUAAAAAAUGACCUGUCAUGUUUAUUUACUUUUGUCUUUUAUGCAUUUAUGCUGUGAAUUCAACCAGCAGCCCCUUUUUUGCUGAAAUGCUAAGUUCUUUAAAACACUUUAAAAGACAUGCUGGAAAGGUGAGGUAAUGGAGUUUGUCACCUUUGAUUAUGGAAUUGAAGUUUUUUAUAAACCAGGGUCAGGUCCAAGAUCAAAUUAAGCAAAGCUAAAUUCUAAGACUGGAUCCCUCAAGAUCUUAACAAGGCAUGCAUUUAUAUUACUUUUUUAAAAGGAGGUGGUUUGUUGUGCAAGAACUUAAUUUCAGUUUCAAUUCUCUCAAUUGUUUGACAGUUGUGUUUACUCUGUGUAGAAAUCCUUUGGAAAUAUUAUGGAUUUCUUUUUCCUUCUCCAGAUUAAAAUAUGACAGGUGAAUUUAUAUGCAUGAGUUCCCAAUAACUCUUUAGCAGCCCCAUGAAGAGCAACUGGAAUCGUAGAUUCCAUCUUGGAGAUACACCAGGGAAUGAGUAUGGUAUUGCAGUGUCCUUGGGAGGAGCUCUGGGGCCUAAUAAAUGUUCUGUUGUCAUUAGGCUCUGCAUUUGCACUAGUACCUCCUAAAAGAAACUUUUCUUAUCCACAAGGUAGAAUUAUUUUUGUUGAGAUUAGAAAAUCACAUAUAUCAGGAAUAAGUUACACUUACAAUGGGAAAACUAUUUUUUCAACUCUUUGAAGCAUGAAAAUACAGUAGAAACAAAAAAGUGGCAGUGUUUUGAAUGCAGUUAUGAAAACACACGUGUGUGUAUGAAAACAUCAUCUUUAUUAUAGCAGUAUGAGCUUUCCUCCACCCCCAUGGGAUAAUGCACAUCUCUCUGGAGUCCUUAGAGCCCCAUUUCCCAGACUUCACCAAAGUUACCAAGUUGGUGCUGUUGGGGACAGAAGAAUUAGACCUUUAUUAAAAAAACUUUUGGCUUUAGAGUAUCAAUAUCUACAUAGUUUUCUUAAAAAGCAAAGUAUUAGCAUAAAGUGUGACUGAUAUUAAGAUACACUUUUAGAAUUCUAAUAUAUUACACUUUUCAGAAUGGAUAGUGUUGAUGAUAAUAGAUGAGUGAAAACAAUCUCUUUUCAGCUCUUUUAAACUAGCUCACAUGAUGGAAAAUUCACAGGGAGAAUGGCUGCAGGAGGGCACAGGGGGGUUAAAACUUAAAUAUGGUUUAUUCAUAAAUUCUUUUAGCAAUUGAAGAAUUAAUUUCAGUUGACCUGAAGUCACGAUGUGAUGUAGUUACACAGUGUAGACAGUGGAAUGAAGGUAUUAAGGGAAGUUAUUCAGAAAUUUCCACAAGUGAAAAAAUUAACCCAAUGCUUGUAGUUUGUAAGUGAUAUGUCACCAGGUCUACUAAAAUAUCUGGACGUAACCAGCCCUGGAUUUUACUAUCACAUGGCAGAAACACAUAAAUGCACAAUCUUUCCUCUCUAGCAUGUCUGUGCAAAUACAUUUGGGAUCUUUGAAAACAUCUGAUUAAUCUCUGUAUCUGAAUAUUGUUUAUAAAUAAAAUAUAUCA